UAAACAGAUGUUUUUUGAGCAGAAGAUAUAAAUAUUUAUAAGUUAUUGAAAAUAUGUAGUUCAUGAAAACCUCAAAUGAAGGAGCCAUGAUUUAUGACUGUAUGAAAACUUAAACACAAUCAUACACUCCUAAAUGUCACAGUUAAAAUUGUUCAAUUCUUCAAAACUGUGUAAACAUUAAGAACAAUCGUUACAGCAUCAUAACAAAAUCUGUAAACAAAGGUUUUAAGUUUUGUUCUACUUUACCAUGGAUUCUCUCGAAACAAACCUUUAACGCUAUUAUCUUGAAACGACUGUCGAGUUGUGUGUUCCAAAGGUGUGUAAAUAUUGCUUUUAUUUUGAAACUUCUUAUCCGGAAGUUGUAAUUCCUUUCAAACGCUGCGCGUGGUCAGCAACAAAAAGCCGGGGACGAGAACAGCGUUUAACAGGUGGGCCCUCAGACCCUCGUCUGGCUUGCUUUCCUCCAUACACUCCUUCACCUGAGGGCAUCCACUGUAGCUCCACCUCACCUCAGGGCUCUACUCAUUUGUUUAAAACACACCCUGCAGCCCCGUCUUCACCUAACACACUCACAAAGUCACCACUCCACCCAAGCAAACAGGCGGACCCUAUUCUUUGAAAAUACAUACUGGGUUUCUGCCUCUGGAUUAGCACAAUGCUGAGUCAGGAGUUCUUUCACAGACUGAGGUUGCCAGAUCUGGAGGAUGUUACUCAGUACAUGAGGACUGUAUCUAUACCUGUUGUUGUUAGCAUGGGGGCAGCUGCUGCAGCCACAGCCUAUUGCCUGGCAACACGACCCAAGGCCCUCCCUUCAGUCUUUGACCUUCACAUGCAGUCAGUUGAGCUUCCGGGUGGAGAGUUUGUACACAGAUCACUUCUUCAGAACGGAAACGGUCACUUGACACAUGUAUUCGAGGACGGCAGGACAGUGUACGAGUCCUUUCUCCGAGGGGCCAGAGUCUCCAAUAAUGGUCCUUGUCUGGGUUCCAGGAAACCAAAACAGCCGUAUGAAUGGCUGUCGUAUGGAGAGGUAAUGGAGCGAACAGAGAAUCUGGGUUCAGCAUUUCUUCACAAAGGACACUCCAAGACCACAGACCCCCAUGUUGGCAUCUUCUCUCGGAACAGACCUGAGUGGACCAUCGCUGAGUUGGCAUGUUACACCUAUUCUCUGGUGUCGGUCCCUCUAUAUGACACACUGGGAACAGAAGCCAUCUCCUACAUUAUAGACAAAGCUGCCAUCUCCACUAUCGUAUGUGACGUGGUAGAUAAAGUCAAUCUGGUGCUGGACUGUACAGAGGACAGGAAACACACUGUGAAAACUAUCGUCCUGAUGGAUACACCGAGUUCUGACCUGAGCCAAACCUUCCAAACCCUGGUCAGCAGGGGGCGACAGGCUGGAAUCCACAUCCUCAGUUUGCAGGAGAUGGAGGCCAUUGGGAAGGCCAACCAUCAACAGCCAGUGCCUCCACAAUCUGAGGACAUGGCAGUCAUCUGCUUCACCAGCGGAACAACAGGAAAUCCAAAGGGAGCCAUGUUGACACAUGGGAAUAUUGUGUCCAACACCUCAGCAUUUAUCAAAAUGACAGAGACUCACUAUUCAUUUAGUACCAGUGAUGUCCAUAUGUCCUUCCUGCCCUUGGCUCAUAUGUUUGAGAGAGUCGCACAGGGAGUGAUGCUCAUUCACGGUGCCAAGAUUGGCUUUUUCCAGGGAGAUAUUCGUCGUCUGUCAGAUGACCUGAACACACUGAAACCCACUGUGAUUCCUGUGGUGCCUCGAAUCCUUAACAGAAUGUAUGAUAAGAUCCAUGGGCAGGCCAGCACCCCACUGAAGCGCUGGCUGCUGGGCUUUGCCUACAGGAGGAAAGAGGCAGAGCUAAAGAAAGGCAUCGUAAGGAGGGACAGUAUCUGGGAUCAACUAAUCUUCAGGAAGGUCCAGGCCAGCCUUGGUGGUCGUAUUCGUGUCAUGAUCACUGGAGCUGCUCCCAUCUCUCCAACUGUUCUAACUUUCCUCAGAGCAGCAAUAGGUUGUCAGUUCUAUGAAGGUUAUGGACAAACAGAGUGUACUUCUGGGUGCACGAUGACCACGCCUGGGGACUGGAGUGCAGGUCACGUUGGAGCUCCUCUGCCUUGUAACUCAAUUAAACUGGUGGAUGUGCCUGAGAUGAACUAUUUGGCCAUAAACGGAGAGGGAGAGGUGUGUGUGAAGGGUACUAACGUGUUCCAGGGUUACCUGAAGGACCCAGAGAAGACAGCAGAGACCAUUGAUGCAGAUGGGUGGCUUCAUACUGGAGACAUUGGAAAAUGGCUUCCUAAUGGGACACUGAAGAUUGUGGACAGGAAGAAGCACAUCUUUAAGCUGGCACAGGGGGAGUACAUUGCUCCAGAAAAGAUAGAGACCAUCUAUGUGAGGAGUGAUGCAGUGGCACAGGUCUUUGUACAUGGAGACAGCCUGCAGUCAUGUCUGGUAGCUGUGGUGAUCCCUGACCCUGACUUCCUCUCUGACUGGAUCAAGAAGACCCUUGGAUUGGAGGGCAGCUACCAGGAGCUAUGUGGCAGACUGGACGUCAAAGCAGCCAUCUUGGAGAGCAUGCUGCAGUUGGGAAAGGAAGUAGGCCUCAUGUCCUUUGAGCAGGUGAAAGCCAUCUACAUCCACACUGAGAUGUUCUCAAUUGAGAACGGCCUUCUCACCCCGACAUUGAAGGCCAAGAGGAACGAACUGCGACAACACUUCAGAUCCCAGAUAGAGGAGCUGUAUGCUGGGAUCAAUAUGUAGAAGGACAGGGGUGAGCAGGACAUGAGGACAGGAGCUCCACCUAAUACUAUGUUUUUUUGAUGACAACAAGAGGACAAGCUGAAGCACACAGUAAAUGAUAUGAAGAGAGGUCCUCUCAGACAUCAUCCACCUGUUUGGAUCUCUGACAGAGGAACAUUAGGAAACAAUGUCGUUUUUAAAUAGAACAAAAUCAGAUACGAAAAGGAAUACAAAACCUCUGAGGAUUUUAUGUUAUAAAAUAAAUGAAGCUAUUUUACUGAAGGUAUUUACAUAGCAAAUUCUGUCAGAAAGCAGUUAUUCUUAUCAUCUGCUAUCAGGGCACUUUACAUUUAUAGGACAUUAAAGGUAGGGUUGGAGAUCCUGGAAAACCGUUUUAUCAGACUACAUUUUAAUUCAAAUGUCCAAGAUCCUUUCAUCCUCUUUUUACUGGUCUGUCCAUUCCACAGGUGACUGACAUUUUUCAUUUUCGUGACAAUGCAUUAAUUAAUUGGUUACAAUCGGGGUGUGAAGAGGAUAUCCCAGCCUACCUUUAAGUCAUUUGGUCAUUUAAGACACUUUUACUUCAAGUGAUUUACAAAUGAUCGACAUGUUAAAGUUGGAAUCUAAUAGGAAUUAUUUUAAAGGGAAACCGUUCUUCUAAGUAUUACAUACAUUACAUUACAUUACACACUUUUACAGGAUAAAGAGGGAACACUUGACCCACAUACUGUAACUGGUUCACUGUGAGUCAAAGUGAUGAGUGAUGACUUAACAACUCAUUGUCAUUCUUUUGUUGCGUUGAGUUGAAAUUAAAAUCCACAGUGGAUUUUUUUUUUUCUUUUGGGUCAUUAAAUAUGUUCAUUAAUAAACUUUGUGAACCAGCACAAUGAGCCAUAUCCAAGGCUGGUCAAACAAAUGUAUUCAGGUGCUACAGAUCACUUAGGAAACAAGAGCAAUGUGCUAUUCAUUUACCAAUGCUCUAAUUAUUUAUGAUGGUUGAAGGAACAGAAGACAUGUACGCAUUCAGAGGAGUGCUAUUAUUACAAGAAAUCUUUGAAAGGAAGUAAGAAAAUAAAUGUACAAAUAAAAUAAAAACACCAAGGGUUGAACCUAUUAACAGUGAACAUUGUAAUUUAUUUUUUACAAUAUUUUAUUUAUUUCUGUAUAUAUUUUAUGUUCUGUUGCCUCACAACAAUAAGGUUUUUGAGUUGAAGCCCUGUUUAUUCUCCUUGUACACACAUGUGUAUUGCUCAUAUUUAAUUUCCUAUUUCACAGAUUUUUUUCUGAUGUCUUUUUUGUGGCACCACUCUGAGUGAAGUUAUUUUGUUAAUUGAUAGAGUUUUAUAAAAUGAUUACAUAAAUGUUAUGUAACAUGUGCAUGGGUUUUCUUGAGGCUCUCCUGUUUCCUCCCACAGUCCAAAAACAUGCAAUAUGAGGAUUAGAUAAAUUGGACACUCUAAAUUGUAGAAAAUGUUAUGUUACAGUGAAAAGAUGCAUGUUUUAAUUUUGUUUGCAACCUCAAUUAAAUGAUCUUGAAUGUU